AUGUCCCGGAAACGGAGGAGGCUGCGUGAAGGUGAUGAAGGGCCCCGUCCAAUCUCACGCAGGACACAAAAUGCAGAACCUGCCGAGGCAUUCAUCAAAGAGGAGCCUGUUUCGCCGCCACCAUUCGCUGAUGAUCAUACUGUUGUUCGUGGCCGAAACCCCGCAGCGCGCCCCAUCUACAUUGAUAUCGCGUCCCCUCAAUACACUCCAUUAUACGAAAGUCGCGGACCACCAGUGCGAGAGCCAGCUUACGAGAUUGACCCGUACCACGGGUCCCAACCGGAUGCCGGUCCCCAGCGCACAAUAUCUCGUCUGAGCAUCAGGCGGCCAAUUCGGGACGAAGUCGAUCUUCGACGAGUGGCCAGUUCACAGUAUGCUCGGCAAUCAGACUAUGCUCGUGAGUACAUUGAGGCCCAGUCACGCCCAGUUCGAGCGGCAUCAUACGUUGUGGAACGCCCGGUCCACGAGCGGCCAAGGUACUACGAAGAAGCCCCUCCUUACGCACAGCAUCGUUACAUUGCCGCGGAUGACAUGCCGCCCCCAACAUAUCGGGAGACCUAUUACGAAGAGGCACCGCCGGCUCGGAUGAUGGCACCCCCUCAACGCCGGAUUGUGGUCGAUGAGCAUGGCACUCAGUACUACGAGUUGCUGCAGGCACCAAGACUGCAGCCGAUGGCUCCUCCGCCCCCGCCCCCUCCCCGGCCAGUCUCCCAGAUGCCAAAGGAUGUUUACGAUGAAAGGGUGCAUCAUCAUGCGGGCAGUGUUCGUGCACCUUCAGUUGUGCAAGACCCUUACGGUGAACGACACUAUGUGCAGGAAAUGCCCCCGCCUCAGCCAGUUUACAGACGAGUGACGUCAGAAUAUGCUCGUCCCGUAGUAGCCCAUGAGAGACAUGGCUACGCUGCUCCUUUGGAAGGCCAUGAACCUUACUCACGCAGUAGCAGUGUACAAGUAGCGGAGUACCUUCCUCGCCAUGCAGUCUAUGUCGAUGAGCGUGGAUUGCCCCAGGAGAGAAUAAUUCGGACAGCCAGUGUUCGUCCUCCACAGCCUCGCUAUGAAGACUCGCAUGAGGUUGUUCAGCGAGUUGGGAGCGUGAGACCAGCUGGCCCGGGCCGCGAGCCCAGUAUUUUCAUGGAGGACAGACAAGUCGGGGAAUACGUUGAGAGACCGUACUACAUUCGGGAUCGACGGUACUAUGAAGGCGAAGGUGAAGAGGGAGAUCGCAUUGCGCUGGAUGGUGCAAAUGAUACCAUUCAGCGGGGUCCACAGCGUUACUAG